AUGGUGCAAAUAUCGAUGAGAAAAAAAAAUGAAAAUGGGUACGCAGCUCUUCAUAUUGCAUCACGUGAUAAUAAUAAAGAAACAGUCGAAAUCCUUCUUUCACAUGGUGCAAAUAUCGAUGAAAAAGAUGAAUGUGGAUACACAGCUCUUCAUCAUGCAGCAACAAAUAAUUCUAAAGAAACAACUGAAGUUCUUCUUUCACAUGGUGCAAAUAUCGAUGAAAAGGAUGAAUAUGGAUACACAGUUCUUCAUAAUGCAGCACAUGCUAAUAAUAAAGAAACAGUUGAAGCUCUUCUUUCACACGGUGCAAAUAUCGAUGAAAAAGAUGAAAGUGGAUUCACAGCUCUUCAUAUUGCAGAACGCGGAAAUUAUAAAGAAACAGUCGAAAUUCUUCUUUCAUAUGGUGCAAAAUAA